AUACGUACUUCGAUGAUGAUGAUCAAGGAGAUCCACUAGAUAGUCUGGAUCACCGGAUCACUGGACAUCUAAAUUUCGACGUAUUUGGGUCGCUCAACUCAUCCAUCUGUUUCUCUCCUCAUCUUGUUUUUCUACCACUUAUAGUCCGGGCUUUCUCUUCUAUCAUCUUUUCGGCCUUUUCCAGCCAGUCCUACAGGCCCUCCGAUCGAUAGUCUCUCCUUUACUGUCACGUUCCUUGCAUUUCCUCCCGUCAUGGUCAUCUAAUUUGGGACACCUAAAGCCAUACUAAUUGUCUCGUCUGUGUCCCCGGUGGCCCCCUUAAGCGCCAUGUUCAUAUUCUCCGCAGCUCCAGUCCCGGUCGGGUCCAGUAUUUUCUUUGCACUGGCCCUGCUCGCCAUCUCCGUUUCAGUGUUAUUGCUGCUCCGACGUUUCCUUACCCUGCGAGCCACUCCGGCAUACCUCUCUGUCCCCGUCUUCCUGGCUCUUGCGCUCCCCGCCAGCGUAGUACUUCUAGUCCCGAUCGAUCUUGCGUCAAGUUCUCGUGACGGAGGCGGCCCAAAGGCGAUAUGGCUUCCGGAUCGUUUAAUCCUGGUAGCAUGGCGGAUCGCCUAUUGGCUAAUUUUCGUCCUGACCUGGGCUAUCCUCCCGCUGCUAGGAGAAUACAUCGAUUCGGGUUAUCGUGAUACCAAAAGUCGCAUUCUGUAUUCGCUGCGCUCGAACGCUCGCUACCAGCUGAUCGUUUUAUGCUGUGCGUUUGUCGGCUUGAUCUACAUUACCAUUCAGAAUGGCUUCCAGUUCGCGUCGAUCAAGGCGCUCGUCAUGGCCUUGGCCUAUGUAUGGGGUCUUGUGCUUGCAAUUUAUGCGAUGGGCCAUGGCCUGGUUUCCAUACCUCGUACGCUAUUCCGCAACGCCAACGUCAGUGGCAGGCUACGCAGAGUCCAGGCCCAUGCACCUCGACUGCACGACCGACUUAUGGAUGCCAUCAAUGAUCUCGAGAGUCUCGAGUCACAAGUCACUCAAUUGCAGCAGCGGAAAACUGGAACCGCUCGAGAUUUUCAGGAUUGGAUUGAAGAAUUGGCCGACACAUCCAGCCCCAUCGAGUCGCGAUCCGCCAUUCUGGAACCCUCCAGUGUACAAGGCACCGUUCCUCCGGUCAUCACAGAACGCUACAUGGCGGACCUGACCCGACGCCUACAGCGCGCUCGGCACCAGAGGGCCCGCUUUGUCGAUGAAUGGGAUCGACUGGUUCUGCUCGCGGCCGACUUGCAAGCAAUUAUCGACUCUUCCGCAUCUCGGAAGCUGGACUUUGGCCAAUCGCCCCGGCGUUCGACAUCUUUGCCACGCGUCAAGUUUUUGACCCCCUACAUGCGGUACCACCUGUAUAUCAACAUCAUUCCCAGUCUGCGGCUCGUUUUGGGUGCGCUUUGUGCCAUCGCGUCCGUCUGUGUCAUCUGGUCUGAAUUGAUCAAAUCCUUGGCUCCUCGCUUGUCCGUCGUGACACUCUCCAUCAUCUCGUACCAUAAAGAUCCAAAACCGGUGGAUUUUGGAAGGCAGCUGGCCGCUUCCGCCUGGUUGCUGUACAUGUGCGCUGCUGCUCUGGUGGGUGUCAAUGAUGCCAAGGUCUGGGGCAAUCGUGCCCUAGUUCGCCGAAAUACUUACGGGGAGAGCGCGUGUUGGUACGCUAGCCUAGUCGCCAGGCUUACCGUUCCAAUUGCUUACAACUUCCUGACGUUCUUGCCGCUGGGUGUACGACAAAACACCAUCUUCUAUCAUUUCCUCGGUCGGCUCAUUGAUCUCACGCCACUAGGAAAGGGAUUUGAUUAUUUCUUUCCGGUCUUCAUCCUACUACCUGUCUUUGCAACUCUCUUCAACCUCUACGGGAGAAUCAAGAGCGUAUGCGGCUUGGGUCUGAUUGAAGAGGAUGACAAUGAGUUGGAGAAUAACCCUAGCGGCUAUGGGCUAGGCGGUUGGAGAGAAGGGCGCGAACUCAUAGAUCGAGAACUGAACGGCCUCGGAUCUUUAGCGCCGUCCUCCCGUAUUGGGCAAUCGACCUGGCAGUCGAGCCGUAAUACCGAUGCUCCAGGAUCAAUAUCCUCCAGAACACCUCGGACCGACAGUGCUCGACCAACUCGCCCUCCCAGAGGUCCUCCCGCAUCCUCCGCCGUCCUAGAAGACGAGGCGGAUGAGGAGAAUUUCUUCCAAUCUUUUGCGCAUCGGGUCAGAAAUACCUUUGAGACUGCAAGCAAACCUCAAUGGCUCCAGGGCGAACCGUUCCGUCUUCCGAGAUGGAUGAGCAAUGAUAGGGCUCAAGGAAGUAAUGGUCUCACAAGGUUGUUUGGUGGUCGGCCAGCUGACGGUGGGGUGAGACUUUAGUAGCCGCGUACGCUGCUCUAUGUAUUUUGUACAGUAUCCUGCAUGGCGAGGGCGUCUGGCUGAUCAUAUAUUUCUUUUGAUAUAUAAUAUGUAUAUUUACUUUAGCCAUCAAUAGAUCAUGGGCUCGAAGACUGGAGUGCGUUGCGGUUUGUCCAUUAAUCUGACUGAAUCGUGUGAAUAUAUUUCCUCGCGUGGUGCCUGGCGUU